ACAUUACCAAUACUGCAUGAUACUAUGGACAUAUGUGCUGUAAACGUUCUCACAUACGAGGAAUUUUUGGAAAUAUUUGGUAAUGUGGUUGAGAAAUGUCCCCUUAUUCCGGCGGCAAUAUGGACACACCGUCCGUUCUCAAGUCUCGCUGAAAUAGAGGCUCACAUAUCAGAUUUUAUCGACAGUCUGUCCCAAUCAGGUAAAGAGGGCAUUCUCAGGUGUCAUCCCGAUCUUGCUGGCAGGGACCACCUGAGUGGGACGCUGACGCGUGACUCGCAAGAAGAGCAGCGUGAAGCCGGCAUGACCACGCUGGAGCACGCAGAGCUGUCGCGCUUGACUCGCCUGAACUCCGCGUACAAGGAGCGUUUUGGCUUUCCGUUUGUCAUCUGCGCACGGAUGAACAGUAAAGCUGCCAUUAUGCGUCAGCUGGUCGAACGCCUUGAAAACUCGCGUCCGACGGAAACAAAAAGGGCCAUCGAAGAAGUGAAAAAGAUUUGUCACUUGCGAAUACGCUACAUUGUGCUGUCUGACGUUCCAAACAAGCUCUGAGCGCAGGUGAACUCAUUUGGUUGGACAAUGUCAGGCGAAAUCAUGAACGGAGCUUUUCCGUUCUGUGUGCUUGCUUUUGAUUUCACAGUAUCGUCCGCAAUAUCCUGACUGUAGUAGCCAAGCAAAAUAAACUCAUAUGAUGCGUAAAACCUCAUAAAAAGAUGCAAAGCAAUAGUAAAUUUAUGUCUGAAAGUUGUCUUAUCUCUUAGGUAUCAAACAAGACGUUUUUUGCCCGUCGUGUAUAUGCCUAAUGAAAACUGUU